UCUGGUGUUCAAGCGGCGGCUGUUGGGGAAAGUGCGGGGCCGUGCGCGCGCUGUCUGCUGCCCAGCGAGGGAGACGGAGGCGGCCGCGCGCUAUCGAACGAGCGUCAGGUGUAGACUAGAAGAUGAAUAAUCUUUCCUUUAGUGAACUGUGUUGCCUGUUCUGUUGUCCACCAUGCCCAGGGAAAAUUGCUUCCAAACUGGCAUUCUUACCUCCUGAUCCUACGUACACACUGAUUUGCGAUGAGAGUGGUAGUUGCUGGACUCUACAUCUCUCAGAGAGAGCAGACUGGCAGUAUUCUUCUAGAGAAAAAGAUGCCAUCGAGUGUUUCAUGACUAGAACAAGUAAAGGUAACAGGAUUGCCUGUAUGUUUGUGCGUUGCUCGCUUAAUGCCAAGUAUACUUUGCUCUUCUCGCAUGGAAAUGCUGUUGACCUAGGUCAGAUGAGCAGCUUUUAUAUAGGACUGGGUUCACGGAUUAAUUGCAACAUAUUCUCAUAUGAUUAUUCUGGAUAUGGUGCAAGUUCUGGGAAGCCAACAGAGAAGAAUCUGUAUGCUGACGUUGAUGCUGCUUGGGUGGCUCUUAGAACAAGGUACGGAAUCCGCCCUGAAAAUGUUAUUAUAUAUGGCCAAAGUAUAGGAACAGUACCAUCUGUGGAUCUUGCUGCUAGGUAUGAAAGUGCUGCUGUAAUUCUUCAUUCUCCACUGACCUCAGGAAUGCGAGUAGCUUUUCCUGAUACGAAGAAGACCUACUGCUUUGAUGCAUUCCCAAACAUUGACAAAAUCUCUAAAAUAUCAUCUCCUGUGUUAAUCAUCCAUGGGACUGAAGAUGAAGUAAUUGACUUUUCACAUGGCCUAGCAUUAUUUGAGCAUUGCCAGAGACCUGUAGAACCACUGUGGGUAGAAGGAGCAGGCCAUAAUGAUGUGGAACUCUAUGGACAAUACCUUGAAAGAUUAAAACAGUUUGUGUCACAGGAACUGGUGAACUUGUAAUUUUCUUUGUAUAUUUACAUGCUUUUUCAUUUCACUGCAGAAUUGCACACCUUGAUAAAUACAUAACAUAAAAUUUGCAGGUUGUGUUUUGAAAUAAUGUUGGUUGCCUUCAUUAAAUGUACAGGUAAUGAUUUGUCAACAUAAUUAAUGAAGGUUUUAAUGCCAGUAUUAUAAACUGGAAUGACAUGAUCAUGCAGUAAAGCUUGGCAGUUCAUAUAACUUUGAGGGUUUUUUUCUUUUUAGAUGUACAAAUAAAA